AUGGGACAGUAUUGUAUUUUUCGGCGCGGAGGUAGAUGCCCUAAAGGAUUCGAUGAAGGAUUCAUGGUUUGGGAUGACGAAGACACCAACAAUGCAAAUAGAAAACGGGGAAGUCUUCCAGAUGGCGUGUAUAACAGCGAAACCAAAAUUGAAUUUUGCUGUCGCAAUGAUGUUUUCUCGAUCAGUUUUUGGAGCAUUGUAAAAUGCCGCGCUGCGGGAAUCAAUCUUUCUGGUCUCCCAAGAUGCAGAGAAUUGAUCUUGAUGAGACACAAGAGUAGUUGUCCAACAAUUUCUGGCUAUCGUGGACCCUACACUGGUUACCUUGAUUGGGACACCGAAGAUUCAGGGAACAAGGAUGAGUUUGUUGGUGUAUUUCCGGAUGGUGUGAGCUGGGAUGGGAUUAAAAUCGAGUUUUGCACAUAUAGAUCGGACUACUCGUGUUAAUUUAAACUGUUUAGAUCCGGUAAACCUUUCGGCACAUUUAAAUAUAUAGCUUUGAAACCAUUACUCUAAUUAUGUAGAGUUUUAAAAACAUGUUUUGGAGCAGACGAUUUCUUUGAAAAAUUUAAUUAGAUUUACUGUAGUACAUUUAGAACUUUAUAUAGCAUGGUAAAGUUAAUGUUUUAUACCUGGACUAUCUGCUAAUAGUUUAUAGUCUGAAAAUAUACGUUUGUGUUAGUUUUUCUUAAUAAUUACAGAGUUAAACUUGUGUUAUUCGUUUAUUUUUUUAUAUAAAUUGUGUAUGGGUUCUUGCAUUGCCAAUGUUGCCAUGCUUGAAUGAUUGUGCAAAUAAUUCUUCGAUAUACACAGAUAUUUGUACUCUGCAUGAAUACUACUGGACUGAGUUUCAUAUUUGUUUGACCCCUGUCACACAGAUAUAUAUAUAUAUAUAUAUAUAUAUAUAUGUAUAUAUAUAUAUAUAUAUAUAUAUAUAUAUAUAUAUAUAUAUAUAUAUAUAUAUAUAUAUAUAUAUAUAUAUAUAUAUAUAUAUAUAUAUAUAUAUAUAUAUAUAUAUAUAUAUAUAUAUAGAGAUAUAUAUAUAUAUAUAUAUAUAUAUAUAUAUAUAUAUAUAUAUAUAUAUAUAUAUAUAUAUAUAUAUAUAUAUAUAUAUAUAUAUAUAGAUAUGUAAUAAAUAAAGCAUGAUAUUUGGUGAGAAAAUUAAAUUUACAAUUUAAUAUUGUAAAUCAGCAUGAUUUUUGUAUCAGAUAUAGCUACUCCUUCACGCUGAUGAUUUCUUUUGUGUUUUCUUCAUGAACUAUUAAUGAGUUUCACAUAAAUGUAUCUAAAUAUAUAUUUUAUUGAAUUGCACAAAUUACACGUUGUUGAAUGGAUAAAGCUUCAUUUCAAAUUAAACUGCUUAAUAUUUAAGAGAUUGUGCAUGGUCGAAAGCUUUUUAUAGCUAGAUCUUCAUUUUCAGUACACAUCUCAGUAUAGUUGUCAGUGAGUUCCUUAUUAUAUAUAAAUGUUCAUUGCGGCGUGGUCCCAUGCAUGAAAAAGGUGACGAUUAAUUGUCUGACUGUAAUUCAACCUGAUUAUCUUCGUUGUUGCAGAAGCGGAUAUUAAUAACUCCAGACGGGACUGUCAAGUUCUUGGGUACAUUCCAACAUUGCUCGCUGGGCGAUUAUAUAGUUUAUACAGGAACGUAGAAUAGGUAUAGUGCAAUGCCGCAAGUAAACAUUACAUUCAAAAACAUUACAUGGUUUCCUCUUAAAUAUACAACAGUACAAGCAAUAUAGCGUGAAACAAACAUAUAUGAAACCAAACCGUAGACCUCGAAUAAUUAGUUUCAUCCAAGUUACAUGGAUUUGUAUAAUAUAGAAUAAGAUCGUCGAUAAUCACUUUCUACAUUAAUAUGACAAAAGCAACGUUGAUUUUCUUAUUAGUGAACAUGCAUAUGACAUAUGUAAAUAACAAUUCAAGUUUCAUAUUCAACAAACCAUACGAAUCACGUUUUAAGCAAACCAUAAUACGGAAAUAAAACUUGCUUUCAAUUAUUCAAGUUUCAGACACAAAAAAGUGAAUUCAAACAACGAAAAGUAUGAUUAUGUUUGUUUUCAACAGCAGAUGUUAUUAUGCUGCUAUCAUUUUUUAAAGUGUCGAUAACCCGCAUAAGCCGCGCUACAUAUACCUACAACUUAUAAAUGUUGAGAAUUUAUACCCAUAAUGUGAUAUGCAUUCAACUCAAUUUUUCCCGUUUUGGCAGAAUAAAUUCUUUUCAUUACCAUACAGAGACGCACGGUUUGUAUAAUAGAUCAUUGCUGAAACGAACACAUACCGAGAAUGCUUUGCGUUGAGAUUAAACACAUGCAUAUUAGUGUUGGCAUGCUACGAAACGCGGACCCGAACUCUGACUCGAAAAUAACUCAAUUUCUUAUCAAAUAACCAAACUCCUGCAUGAAACCAAAAUUUACAAGCGGCAAGUGUGUUUCAUAGCCAGUUUAUAUUUUAUGAAAGAAAGUUUAUCAAAAAGACAAUUCAACCGAACUUUGUACGUUUUGUCCAAUGAUUUCUUACGCAUUUAUAGGCCUACUAUUUCUGACGUUGAUCAGUGAAUAAUAUAUUGUUACCUGGCUAUUGACAAGUACAACGUUUUGAUCUUAAUGCACUACGAAACUGGUGAUUUGUCUUUGAUAAAUUAAAAUAUGUACCUACACAUCACUUUUACAUGCCAAGGAUUCUGGAAACUUGCAAUAUUUUCGACUCCGGUAUAAUUGCACAAGUGCAUGGCUCUUCUUUUUUGCAGGUUUUUUUCCCUCCCGUAAAGCAUUCGAAUGACCACAAAUGUAUUGGACUACAAAAUGCUUACCUAUGUUUAUAUUCAACUAUAGUUACUUUCCGCGUUCAACACUCCUAAAAUUUCAGAACUGCAUGAUUCCAAGCGAUAAUUGCCGUUCAAUUUAUUGAGCGGCGCUUCAUGAUAAUUCAUAAAUAGUCUAGAAACUAAUUUAACUGCAGUAUAUACGUAGAAUGCAACUGAUGUUUACUAAUACUGAAAUGUUUAGUAUAAACUUCAAUAAUAGAUACUCAUGUGACAUGAUUUAUAAGAUUAUUUUACAAAACAUUAAUUCAGUAAUUUCUGCCAGUCUGGUUCCGACCCCGUGUUUCAGUCCGAGUUUAGUAACAUGCCCAUCGAUGUCAAACACAUAUCAAUACUUAGACCUUAGCGCAAGGGAACACAAGCUAAGCAGAGUAAACAGACAACAUUUAGCCAAACUAUGAUUUCUUUCUCUGCAUUACUUGUCGUGUCGUUUCUUUCCCUCAGUGAAGGAUCUUGGCCAGACGGUCAGUAUUGUCUGCCGAUGCCGCGCAACCAUCCGUGUCCAUCGGGAUGGGAAUCAGGCUACAGGCGCCAUGACACAAACGACAACAGCGGUUCAAGUUGUUACAACAAAAGAUAUGGUUACUUUCCGCGUAUUUUCAGGUACUGCAAAGACCUUGAAUGGGGAUUUUGCUGCAAAACUAGCAGCAAUUACCCCCACAAAACGUCUUGGCCAAGGGGACAUUAUUGCAUUUUUCAGCGUGGAGGUAGAUGCCCAGCAGGAUUUGACCAAGGACACAUAUAUUGGGAUGACGAAGACACCAACAACGCAAAUGGAAAUCGCGGAAGUCUUCCAGAUGGCGUGUACAACAGGAAUACGAAAAUCUACUUUUGCUGUCGCAACGAUGCUUCCUCCUUCCUAUCAUGUAGGGCAAUCAUUUCUGGACUCCCGAAAUGCAGGGAAUUGAUAUUGAUGCGAUACAUGGGUAGCUGUCCUACAUUGUCUGGCUAUCGUGGACCCCACAGUGGUUUCCUUGAGUGGGACACUGAAGAUUCAGGCAACAAGGAUGCGUUUGUUGGUGCAUUUCCAGAUGGCGUAAGCUUGCUGCGGGCUGGGAUUAAAAUCCAGUUUUGCGGAUAUACAUCGGACUACUCAUGUGGAAACUAGUCAUCUUUGGUACAUUAUAUAAACUACAUAUUAUAUUAAUUAAGUAUACGUUUGAAAAUAUAGCUUCUACUUUGCGCUGACAAAGAUUGCUUAAUUUAACUAUAAGUUAACUAUACAGUAUGUUUUUAGAACUUUUAUACUAUUGUAAAAUUAAUAGCUGAUAUGGCGACCUUUUGCUAAUUGUUUAUAUCCAGUAAAUGUUAGUGACGUGUGUGUUUUGCAAUUGCUUUCAUUCUUCAAUUCAAUAACAAAGGAUUCAAACCUGCGAU